AUGUCAGUCACACAACCUUCUGCGGACGUCACAAUCGAAUGCACGGAGCGAAGGCGCGGCAGAGUCCAAUCCGUAGUUUCUGAUUGGUUGGUUUGCCUGCGAAACCUUCCGCCUUUGGGCGGGCAAUUCAUUCGCGGGGUACGAUUUAAAGGGGAAGCAGCAGCCGGAGCCCUUGAAACGAACGUGUCUCAAAGGUGAGCCUGGCCGAGGGAGAGUGGGCCAUCCCAAUAAUCAAGCAGGGAGCCUUAAAAAUAAUAAAAGGAAUUACUUCUUUCCCACCCCCCGUGCAGAUUUCCAGGAAUUCCCUCUUUUCCAUGACGUAGCUACGAAGCGACCUGUGGUCCACGGAAGCUUGCGCCCUAUUAAAGUCGUCUCUCUUCCAUGUGCCACUGGACUCUUCGUCGCUCGUCCCCAUCGGCCUGCCUUGCCCAUCUCUUCUCCCGUUUGGUAUAAGCACUGCCCUUUUAGAUCCGGCCAAAAGGCCGUCUAGCCUCAGUCUCCUGUUUCCAACUGUGGGUGGUCAGAUGAUGCUGGACACGAUUGAAAGCAACAGCCCUCCCACCGCCUUUCAGGAGUAGCUAGAGUGGUGCCCGCCACAUUGUUCAGUUCCAGCUCCCCCGGCCCCAGCCAGUGUGGCCAAUUGUCAGGGAUGAUGGGAGUUGUAGUCUCACAAGCUCUAGGAGGGCACCACAUUGGCCAUCCUUGUUUUGAAGGAUCAAUAAGCUACUAGUUAACAGACCCUCCAGAUUCAGGGAUACCGUGCUUCUGAACCUGGAGGGUCUACUAACUCUUCAAUCUUGGAUCUCCAGAUGUUUGCUUAAGGUAAAGGUAAAGGGACCACUGACCAUUAGGUCCAUUCGUGGCCGACUCUGGGGUUGCGGCGCUCAUCUCACUUUAUUGGCCAAGGGAGCCGGCAUACAGCUUCCGGGUCACGUUGCCAGCAUGACUAAGCCGCUUCUGGCGAGCCACAGCAGCGCAUGGAAACGCCAUUUACCUUCCCGCUGGAGUGGUACCUUUUUAUCUACUUGCACUUUGACGUGCUUUCAAACUGCUAGGUUGGCAGGAGCAAGGACCGAGCAACGGGAGCUCACCCCGUCGCGGGGAUUCGAACCACCGAUCUUUUGAUCGGCAAGCCCUAGGCUCUGUGGUUUAGACAGUGCCACCCGUGUCCCGAGGGUGAUUCUUCAACCUUGGAUAUCCAGAUGUUUGCUUAGCCAAUGGCUAAUUGGUGGUGAUUUGAGUUGUAGUUCAGCAACAUCUGGGUACACAAGGCUGAAGAAGUGGUGUAAAAAAACCUGCCCAUGAUGGAUUUGUCUAACCCUAUUUCAAGCUGUCAGAGUCAAGGGCCACAUCCGUGUUUAUCUUGAUGCCAUCCUCAUGUUCUUAGGAACAUCCUUGUGUUCUUUACCAAGUCACAUCACUUAGCUCAGAGCUGCCUACACUGCCUGGCAAUAGUUCUCCAGGGUUUCACCUGGAAAAGCCAGGGAUUGAACCUGUGACCUUAUACGUUCAAAGCAGAUGCUCAGCCACUGAGCCACAGACAUUCCCCAAACUAUGGUCCUUCCCUGUGUACAUUUUUGUAGGCAUCUGCUGUAGGUUGUGUGUGUAAAAGAGCGAGAAUAUGUAAGAAGUGAAUCCAUGGCUGUCGGCAUAUACAAUGUUUAAGAACUGGUGUCUGAGUUUGAUUUUUCUUCCUCUUCCCUCCUUUUCCCCUUUUCCUUGUGUGUCACGUCAUCGUACAGCUUUUGUCCUCCGUAUGCUGAAGAGUCACCGCUCUAUAUCCUGACCUUGGAUGCCUGAGUUAUAUAUUAGGACUCGCCUCUUCCUGUGACGGUGAUUUGUUUUAAACUGUUUUUAAUAUUGUUGUACUGCGCCCUGGGAUCUUGUGGCGAAGGGCAGGUAAGAAAUCAAAUAAUUAAAUACUAUCCGAAGAAAUUAAGCUGGGGUAUUGGAGGUGAUGACACCUGUAAUGUUCAGCUUCAAAUUCUUUCCAAAAAAUCAGUGCACUCAGGUGAAUCUUCCCCCCACUUUUCUUGCAGGCAGAAGGCCAUGGACAAUGAGGUGGGUCCACAGCCGCAAGGCCACCCGCUCUUUGGAGGAGCCUUUUCUGCUUUCCUCCCUCCUGGAAGCCUGGAUGUCAGGUAUGUCAGACCCUGGGGGCAGCAGUUUGAUUGAGGGUAUCCUCACACCUAAGUUCUUCCAGCAGGGAGUUCCCCUUUGCUUUGCCCCUAAGCUAAGAAAAGAGGGUGAUAGAGGGAGGUAAAUUCUUUCCUGCAUUCCCUUGCAUUUUUUAAAAAUACAAUACACGAUUAGCUUGUGGAUUUAAUUGGCCUAAGAGAUUGUGCUAAUUUAUAGCUUAUAUGUCUCUCCCUCCCCUUGCCAUCUUUUUAAUUAAAAAAAAGGAUUGGAUGCAAUCAUGGAAGAUUAUGAGGAGGAGGAUUUUAUUUAUACCCUGCCCACCUGGUUGGGUUUCCCCAGCCACUCUGGGCAGCUUACAGCAUAUAUAAAACAUAGUAAAACAUCAAGUAUAAAAAAAUCUUCCCAAUACAGGGCUGCCUUUCAGAUGUCUUCUGAAUGUUGUGUAGUCCUUUAUCUCCUUCACAUCUGAAGGGAAGGUGUUCCACAACUGAGAAGGCCUUCUGCCUUGAUGGGCUUAUCAAUGGCUAUCAGUCAUGAUUAUGAUAAAUGGAGCAUCCAUGAGCAGGCGCAGUAUACCUCAGAUUACCAGGUGCUGGGAGGAAGUGGUAAAGUGUGGCUGUUAUCAUUGGGGUCUGCUUGGGGCCAUCUGGUUAGGCUCUGUUGGAGCAGUUCUUUAUCUUCUUGACAUCUACAGGGAGAGCGCCACUACCGAGAAGGCCUUCUGCCUGGUUCCCUGUAACUUUUCUUCUCGCAGUGAGGGAACCAGCAGAAGACCCUCAGAGGAGGACCUCAGUGUCCAGGCUGAGCGAUGGGGAAGCCUCAUAAAGGGUGCUGAUACCUUUAGCCCACCUACACAACCUUAACAAACUCAGGCCAGUCUUACUUGAUUCUCCCAUCUGACCCAACUUUUCCCCUUCCAGUGAGAUGCGCCAGGUCCCUGAUAACCAGGAAGUCUUUGUUCACCCCAGCACGGAUCAGAGCUUCAUCGUAGAACUUCUGGAGUACCAGGCAGAUGUCCCCGACGAAAAUGCUGCCAGGUUUGUGAUGGGAAUUGCAGUCCUUUUGUUGCGAAACGGAGUAAAGUUUUGCAGGAAGAACCCUAAUCCUAAACUGACUAACUGAGAUUUAAAUACAGUGGUACCUCAGGUUACAUACGCUUCAGGUUACAUACUCCGCUAACCCAGAAAUAGUGCUUCAGGUUAAGAACUUUGCUUCAGGAUGAGAACAGAAAUUGUGCUCCGGCGGCACGGCGGCAGCAGGAGGCCCCAUUAGCUAAAGUGGUGCUUCAGGUUAAGAACAGUUUCAGGUUAAGAACGGACCUCCGGAACGAAUUAAGUACUUAACCCGAGGUACCACUGUACACACUUCACCUGCUCAGAGAAAUCUCUCUUAUCAUCACACGUAGAGAGGGCUGAUUCCCAACACUGGUGUGGGGGAAAACCAUGAGUUUUGUACUUGUAUAUCUUCCUCCAGACCUUCAUAAAAUGUUUUCUCCCUUUGGGCAUUUAUCUGAUGUAGUUCUGCAUGAGGUUUAAAAAACAAACAAAAAGCAAGCAGGGAAGCCUAUUUAUUUCAUUCCACGCAGGAAUUGCUUCCCAGGAACCGUCUCCAAGCAAUUUUGCAAUAAUAAAUGCAACAAUAUGUCGGGCAGAUCACCAUGCAAGGCCACACUUAGCCUGCAGUAACAGAGCAAAGACAGGAGAAGGGGAUGUAGCUCAGUGGGAGAGCGCGUGCUUCGCAUGUACGAGGUCCUGGGUUCAACCCCCAGCAUCUCCAGAUUUUUUGAGGAGGGAAGAAACAUCUGCUCUUCAGCACAGCUUUCCUGAAAUGUGCUGCUUUUUCUUUUUUUAAAUCCCUUUUUAAGACUUUACUAGGGCUGUGUUUCUUCGUUUAAAGCUGAAUCUUAUCAAAUCUGAAACAAUUUGAGAACGGAACACAGCCAUUUUUUCUGGACUUUGCGAUGCAGUUCUCUAACCAACCGUCGUUUAUGGAAAAUGCAUAUAUAUGGGGAAAGUGUGUGCAUACAGAGUCAUGCAUUAGAUGGAAUUAUGAAAAGAAAUGCAUUCCGUUAGGGAAAGUUGCUCUCAGAAAUGUUUCCAUUAGAACUGCGUAUGAAAAACAGACUGGAAAAAUGAGAAACGAAAGAUCCGAAAUAGACCAAUCUUCCCAUCCCUGCUCUUAACGUGCUGUUUUGGAAAUGCUAAAACAUUUCCCUUCUUUUUUCUCUGCACCUUUGGAUGGUUAUUAAGGCAGGACAAAAAUGGAGGUUGUCCAUGGCAUCUUAUGCUCUUCUAGCGAUUUAUUUGAACUGGGGGAGAGAAGAGAAUGAUUGUGAAAACAUCCCACCAGCAGGGAAGUAUAGGUCACAUCCACACCAUAGAUCUAAAGCACUCUAAUGCCGUUUUAAUUGUUGUGGCUUCCUCCCAAGGAAUCCUGGGACUGCUAGUUUGUUGAGGGUUCUGGGAAAUGUAGCUCUGCGAAGAGUAUCCUAACGACACCUUAGCGCCCCUAACAGACCAAUAAUAAGAAGAGUGACCAUGUGGUGGCACAAAUCAACCAACCUGAGAAUGGGCAGCAGGUGGUGAGCCAGGGGAUGUAGCUCAGUGGUAGAGCGCAUGCUUUGCAUGUAUGAGGUCCUGGGUUCGAUCCCCAGCAUCUCCACUUUUUGUUACUCCUUGCUGUGCAGGGAAUUUGUUAUUUAUACACUGCCCAUCUGGCUGGGUUUCCCCAGCCACUCUGGGCGGCUUCCAACAGGAUAUUAAAAACACAGUAAAAGAUCAAACAUUAAAAACUUCCCUAAACAGGGCUGCCUUCAGAUGUCUUCUAAAAGUCAAUCAAUCAAAUCCGUUUAUUGUGAGGACCAUGCCUGUACACAAACAUUAACAUAACAAUAGUUAAAAAAAAAAUAUUAAAAUUCAUUACAUACUACGCCAACAAAACCUUCAUCCCACAAAAUAGAAAGAGAGGGAAAACGAGCAACGAGUUAAACAGACGAUGAAGGGGUCUUUACAUUGUCAUCCAUAAGUCUUUCCCUGGCUUUCAUGGCCUUCAUCACAAAAACCGCUACCACAUGGGUAAUACGUGGGUUUGCAUCAACUAACAAAAAUUUUACUCUAUCUUCAGGAUUGGUUAUAGAGUUGGGUAUAAUUUGCAGCAAUGCGUCUCUAAAGCCCGAGUAGAUGGGGCAAUAGAGGAGGUAAUGUGUAAGAUCCUCUUUAAUUUUCAUUAGGCAAGGGCAUAAACGAUGUUCUACUGGGGUUUUUGUGAAUCUACCGGUCAGAUAUGCAGUUGGCAGUGUUUGAAACCGUGCCAUAGUGAAAGCUCUCCGAAGGGUGGGAUCAGUGAUCUCCACCAAGUAGUUGGCACAGAUUUUAACUGCUUUUACUCGGGGAAACCAGUAGGAAAACCCAGAGUUUUUAUCUUUGUGGAGUCCAAAAAGGCGUCUUUUUCAAAGAUCCAUUCCCGAACUUUAUCAGGGCUCCACAAUUUAAGGGUAUUAAACUCAGGUAGAUUGUAUCUGGAUAGGAUAUCUAGUAGGUUUUUAUACCAAGUAGUAUUAUUUUGUACUGAUACAAAGGCUUGUUUAGCCAAUAAGGUGUUCGGGGCAUCUGUGAGGUUGAUGAAAAAACGCAGGAAUCUUAAGUGGGCCCUGGCAGACACAGAAGGUAAUCCUACUUCCACUCUUAGGAGAGCUGCCGGAGUACUCUGAGGGAGGCCUAGAAUUCUUCUGAGGUAAAAAUUUUGGAAGAUUUCAAGCCGUUCUAACAGCUUCUGAUUCCAUCCCCAGAGUUCUACUCCAUAUAGCAUCUGGGGAAUCACUUUUCCAACAAAAGCUUUUAAUGCCGGGAUCACCAGUUGCCCUCCCUCGAAUAAAAAAGCUGAGCAAAGCACCGAUUGUCCUACGUGUUAGAAGGGCUACAGUCUUGAAGUGGGCAAGCCAGCUAGAUGUAGCUUGGAAAGUGAUACCAAGAUAUUUAAAAGAAAGACACUGUUCAAUUUUGUGUUCAUCUAAAGACCAUCUAAAUGUGUGGCGAGCUCUAGUGAAUACCACAAUUUUUGUUUUGUCAUAAUUUAUCUUUAGAGAGUUUUGGGAACAAUAAGCUGCGAGCCCCUCCAGCAUGCUAUGUAGGCCCCUUCGAGUAAGUGCCAUGACAGCCAUGUCAUCAGCAUAUAGUAAUAUAUUCAGGUGUUUGCCUUCCAGGGCAGGAGCUGAUGAGUUAUACUUUGCCAUAUGUUGAACAAUGUCAUUUAUAUAGAAAUUAAAGAGGAACGGCGCUAACAAACAGCCCUGUUUAACCCCUUUCCCCAGUGGCAGUGGGUCAGUAUAGUUGCCUGACAUCCCAGUUCUGAUUUUAACUGUGGUGUCUGAAUGUAACUCUCUAAGUAUUUUGAGAAGUCGUCUAUCAAUAUCUGUUUCAUAUAGUUUUUGCCAUAAUUUGUCCCUACAGAUUGAAUCAAAAGCGGAUGUGAGAUCUACAAAAGCCACAAAAAGUUUGCUCUUAUGUACCUUUGUAUACUUAUCUAUCAUUGUCUGUAGUACCAAACAAUGGCCUGUUGUACUAUGGCCCUUUCUAAACCCUGCCUGUUCCGGAUUAAGCAGGUUAGAGUGGUCAGCCCAGUCAACCAGUUUAUUUAGCAAGUAGCGAGUAUAAAGUUUAUACACAAUGUCCAGGAGACUUAUGGGGCGAUAGUUUGAGGGGUCUUGGGGGUCCCCUUCUUAUAGAUGGGGGCUACCAGGCUCAGUUUCCAGUUUUCUGGGAUUUUGCAUAUAUCAUUUAUUACCGUAAAAGUUGGGCCAAAAUAGCAGCCCACCACUGGGCAUUUAGUUUAAACACCUCAGGAGGAAUCAUAUCCUCACCGGGAGCUUUGCCAUUCUUGAGUGUUUUAAUUAGCUGUAAACAUUCUGAUUCGGUAACAGGAUCCCAGCCCAUUAAUAGAUCGUUUUUAAGAGGAGGAAACUGGCUCGGUUUAGCAAUGUUUGGAGCUGUGUAUAGCCGGGAAAAAUGUUGGUACCAUAAGUUAGGUGAAAUACUGUUGGUUACAAUUUUCCCUUUGGGUGAAACUCCCUGGGCAAUUAUUUCCCAGAACUUUUUGUCGUCCCGCAAUUUGAUCGCUUUGUCAAGUGCCUCCCAUUGUUCCUUUCUGUAGAGGGAUUUCUUAAAUUUUAGAGUAUUUUUAUAAUGAGAACGCCACCUGUGCAGGUUUUCCAAUGAGGACAGGGUCCCUUCCUGUUUUACCUUAUUUUGUAAUUUCCUAAGCAAAGAUCUUAGAUUCCUACAGUCUUUGUCGAACCAGGCCCUCGAGUUGUUUUGUUUUUUGGGAGGGUUGGAAUUCGUGAGUAGUGGGAAGAGCGACUCUGAGACCUGCUGAAAUGUUGAAAAGGGGUCAGAAAUAGAUGAGAUACACUGGUCUCUCAAGGCCAGUAAGUCUGAUGAAUGCAGGUGUAAUUUGAUUUUAGAUUCCAGGUCGCUGUUCCAUUUACGCCUACGAAGGGCCAGAGUUGGAGGUGGGUCUGCACAGUGAUUGCGGUAUUGCGGAUCCUCCACACCACGGGAAUUAGUGAAAUUGAUAUAGGAAGAUGAUCACUCUCAAUUCUAUUGAAAGUCCUGAAGCCCUGUGACCUCUCCAAGAGUUUUGGGAGACCAGGAUAUAAUCAAUAACGCUCGCACCUCUAGGUCCAAGAAAAGAAAAGAAACCCCCUGACCUGUCCAUAUGGGUACCAUGCAAAUUAUACAAAUUAUGUUUGAAGGCAGUCUCCAUUAAUGUAAUGCCUGCCUUAUUCAAGACCUUAUCGUCAGAGGACCAGGGAAUAAACCAAUCUGCCUCUGGCAGGAACUGAGAUUUAGAGCAGUACGUAUUAAUGUCACUUCCUAUCCUGGCGUUGAAAUCACCUGCCAGCAGGAUAUCCAUGCCAGGGAGUUCUAGUUCAGCCUUCUCCAAACAUAGCUCUAAAUCUUCCCAGAUUUGUGACGACUGGGGAGGGGUGCCUAUGGGAGGGAUAUAUAUAUUAAAGCAAAGGAAAUCUCCUCCUUCACUGCUAGAAAUAAGUAAGAUUUGUAAAUUGUUACUCUUCACCCACUGCUGUUGCCGGGCCUUGCACUUUAGCUUGGUAGAAACAAAGUGACUAAGCCACCACUAGGUCGGCCUCGGGAUUUUGGUUUUAUCGCAGGGGUAACAAAGGCUUCAUAUCCCUGUAAAGAGGGGACAUGGAGAUCUAGACACCAUGUCUCCUGUAGACAUAAAAUCUGAAAUUUUGUAAGGAAAUCCAGAAGGUCGACGUCACCCUGCUUAGAUAGCCAUCCCGCCACAUUCCAGGAUAGAAUGUGGAAAUAGGGUGAUGGUGGAAAUAGUGGCAGUCAAUCUCUUUUCCGAUGGUUUGAGGCUCCUGAGCUGGGCUCCUCCUCUAUCUGCCCCUUCUAAAAGUCAAAUAGUUGUUUAUUUCUUUGACAUCUGGUGGGAGGGCGUUCCACAGGGCAGGCGCCACUACCGAGAAGGCCGUCGGCCUGGUUCCCUGUAACUUGGCUUCUCGCAGUGAGGGAACCGCCAGAAGGCCCUCGGCGCUGGACCUCAGUGUCCGGGUAGAACGAUGGGGGUGGAGACGCUCCUUCAGGUAUACUGGGCUGAGGACGUUCAGGGCUUUAAAAGUCAGCACCAACACUUUGAAUUGUGCCUGGAAACAUACUGGGAGCCAAUGUAGGUCUUUCAGGACUGGUGUUAUAUGGUCCCAGCGGCCAGUUACUGGUGUUAUAUGGUCCCAGUCACCAGUCUAGCUGCCACAUUCUGGAUUAGUUGUAGUUUCCAGGUUACCUUCAAAGGUAGCCCCACGUAGAGCGCAUUGCAGUAGUCCAAGUGAAAUGACUGAGGGGCUGUUAAGGAGAUCAGCCUAACAAAGGGAACUGGUCUGACCGGUUCAGCAGCUGCUUCUACUAGAUUCCAAACCUCACCAGCUACAGAAUCACAGGUCUGGAAGUGACCCACAGAUAUCAUCCAUGCUCUUCCCUAGCCUUUAACGCCCCCCCCCCCCAUCUAUCUGUAUCUCUAUCUAUCUAUCAUCUAUCUAUCUAUCGCCUGCAUUGCAGGGGGGUGGACUAGAGCUACAAUUUCCAGAACUCUCAACAAACCAGUGGUCUACAAUUCUAUGAUUCCAACAGUAGGUAUGUUUUGGUAAGUGACAGGUUUUAAACUAUAGUUUCCUUUUUAAUGCAAGUUCAAGCUUUUAAAAAAAAUCAUUUCCUCACCUAGUUGGCAGCAAUGUGUUGUCAGAGGUUUUCUUUCAUUUCCUUUAGUGGUAGAUAUUUUAGUGGAGACACUGCAGACCCAGGAAGGGGAUGUAGCUCAGUGGUAGAGCGCAUGCUUCGCAUGUAUGAGGUCCUGGGUUCAAUCCCCAGCAUCUCCAGGGUGGUUCUUUUCCCCCUAUUGCUGGGUGGCUUUGUGUGCAUCCAGUGCGACUGGAACACAGGAAUCAUCUUCUUUUUUUAAGAAGAUACUCUUACACGCUACAGUGGUACCUUGGGUUACGGAUGCUUCAGGUUACAGACUUCGCUAACCCAGAAAUAGUACCUCGGGUUAAGAACUUUGCUUCAGGAUGAGAACAGAAAUCACGUGGCAGCUGAGGCGCAGCAGUGGGAGGCCCCAUUAGCUAAAGUUUUACCUCAGGUUAAGAACAGUUUCAGGUUAAGAACGGACCUCCUGAACGAAUUAAGUUCUUAACCCGAGGUUGCACUGUAUUUUUUUAAAAAAAUAAACGCUUUAGCACAUACACACAUGGGUGUAGCGAAAAUCAAGUAAAUAAAUAAAAAUACUUAACUAAAAGCAGAAAUUGUAGAAAGGUUUUGACAGAUUUUUCUGAGCACUUGGGGUCCAGAGAAAGGUAAUUUUGGCAAGACAUUUCAUUCUGAAUCUGCUAGACAGAGCAAGGCAGAGGAUGAUGACAGGUGAGUGUUUAGUCCCCGCUGUCCCGCGCCCCCCCCCCCGAAACGUAAAUCCUGGCUAUUUCCAUGCAUACACAGUGUUUCUCUGCACCCCUGGAGUGGUGGCCAUUAAAGACAGAACAGAAAGCGAUCCGAUUUUUAACUGCUUCUAGCAAAUAUGUGCUGCAGAGUUAAGAAAGGAUUUACAGUGCGGUCCUUGGCAGGUUUUCUGGGGCGUACGCCGGACUGCGAUCGGGGGUGCUUUUCCCCAGGGGAAGUGUCCCUAUGCAGGACUCCAGCCUUAAAUAUGUUUAGGCAGGGAGAAAAGCCUAAAACACAUGGAAGGAGAGGUGAUGCUUAGAACUGCUCUAGAGGUCCUUAAUGCUAGAAUUGAACACAGCCAGGAUGGAGGCUCUUUCUCUGCUUCGAUAGAUCCUGGAGGCUACAUUCUGUCUCCACGCUCAGAGGCAGUAAUGCUUUUAAAUGCCUUUUAAAUGUGUUUGUGGGUGGGUGGGGGUUUACAGUUCAGUUGUUUUUGUUUUAACUAUUUGUGCUUUUGUCUCUGUGAACCACCCUAGAUCCUCCGAUGAAGGGCAAUAUAUAAAUCUACUAAUUUAUAAUAGUAAUAAUAGUAACAACCAGAGAGUACUCAGCAGCUGUGGAACCAGGGGAUGUGGCUCAGUGGGAGAGUGCAUGCUGUGCAUGUAUGCAGUUCUGGGUGCCAUCUCCACUUUUUACUCCUUGCUCUGCAGGCAAACGAGAAAUGUAAGGAAGGAACUGCACAAGAACCUUCAUGUGAAUCAUUCAGUCAGUGUUAGAAACUGAUAUAUGAAGGCUAGGAGCUAAAUGGCACCUUAAACCUAGGUUAUGGGCGCAACAAUGGAAUGUCUAGGCACGCUUUUUUUAUGUAACAAGAAUACAAACCUGAAAAUGAACCAACUGCAGCUGAAUUAUUACGUUCAUUUUUCACAUGGUCUAGUCCAGGGGUCAGCAAACUUUUGCAGCAGUGGGCCGGUCCACUGUCCCUCAAACCUUGUGGGGGGCCGGAUUAUAUUUUGAAAAUAUAAUAAUGAACGAAUUCCUAUGCCCCACAAAUAACCCAGAGAUGCUUUUUAAAUAAAAGCACACAUUCUACUCAUGUAAAAACAUGCUGAUUCCCGGACUGUCCGUGGGCCAGAUUUAGAAGGCGAUUGGGCCGGAUCCGGCCCCCAGGCCUUAGUUUGCCUACCUAUGGUCUCUAGUCCUUCCCCUGCCCACCCCUCCUGAUAUUCUUAAAAGGGUCUCUUCUCCAGUCUUCAGAGAGUAGCUGGAAGUGGGGAGGCAGGAAAAAGUUCCUCCUUUCCGUCCACUCUGCAGUUUUAAUCUGAAAUCUUAGGCGCAGUACUGCACCCAGAGCUCAAAACUGCUCGCACUAAUGAGAUUCCCUGUCGCAAAACGCGCCUAGAACAAUGGGAGUUUCGAACACUGCAUUCAGUUGGUGGAAUCCAAAUUUGUUGAAACCUAAGAGGGUAAGUGAAUGUCAAGCAUAAAUGAGUUUCUGGAUCUGUUUGUAGCUAGGUGUGUCCCACUGCCUAGGUAGGUAGGUAGGUAGGCAGGCAGGCAGGCAGAUAGAUAAAUAUGCUCCUUCUGCUUUGAUAAGAGACAGAUGCUAAUUUCUAGCUUCCUGUUUUAAUGUAACCUGAGGCUUAAUGAUCCCUUCCUCACCCAGCUGGCAACAAUGGGUUCUCAGAGACACAUUUAGUUCCUUGAACAAUAGAUGCUUUGGUGGAGGCCUCAUAGAAUCAGGAAGGGGAUGUAGCUCAGUGGUAGAGCGCAUGCUUCGCAUGUAUGAGGUCCUGGGUUCAAUCCCCAGCAUCUCCACGUUCGUCUUUCCUUUUAAAAAACUGGUUCCCCCCCCCCCCAAAAAAACAAUUACAGAUAUAGAAAACUAAACGUAUGGUCUUCUCCAAACACGUGCCACCCCCCCCCCCAAUUAUCCAGAUUGCAGUAUGAAAAAAACACAAAAUGGUUGGUAGCAUACAAAUGAACCAGGUUUGUGGGCAGUCUUUGUCUCACAGGCAUAGAAAAGUACAACUUUAGUUUUAGGGGCUUUCCUCCUACGAUUUGGGGGUUUGCACAGAAUUCUUAACAUGGGGUGCAAAGAGGAUGGUGGUUGGACUAGAUGGCCCUUUGAAUCUCCUUUCAGCUCCACACUUCUAUGAUUUUAUGCCUUCAAGCUUGCAGGUUCUACUGUUUUACAAAAACCCCAAGAUCCAUCAACUGGGUGGAUAAGACGUAGCCUUAAUAACACACACACACACCAGGAUUUGUUUUGAGUACCGGUACUUAGAACUGAGCUGAGCUCACAGUCCCUUCACAGAAUAACCCCAUUCCUGGUUAUUGUUUCUUCUUUUCAAGAGCAACCUAAUCUGAAAAAAGGUGGGUGGAGUUGGGCGCUGCCAUUUGUUCCUGCCCUUUUAAAACAAUUGGGAGUCAGGCAUCCUUGCUGAUCUGUAGCAAGCCACCCUGCUCCCCACUCCUGUUCUAGAUAACAUCUAAAGAGACAGAAUGAAGAAGAGCAAACCCCCCGUUUUCAGUGUGUGGACAUUUAACAUCCAGGGACCAGUGGAAGAAUUUUUCAGGCUUCCAGUUUUCAAUUGCUGUUCUUCAGUGAAGGACCUUUAAAGGGAGGCUCCACUGCGAAACAGCUGAAAUAGAACUUAACAGGAAGUUUGAUUUUCAUAAUAUGGGCAUGAAUUGAGACAAUGGUCUCGCUAUAAGUAUUAAUCAUCUUAGGGUGACUGAGUUAUUACCAAAAUGGCUGCUGUUGUGGGCGGUACUUUGCAUAAGUUUUAUCUUUAAUCGGAUUGUUCUUUCUGCAUUUUAUCGCCCUUUGAUCGUCACUGCUUAGAACUCUUCCCUCUAUACCCAUUAGGACAAUAACACACUGUUGCCAUAUUAUGAAAGACUUAACGAUUUAGUUUGUUUCUGUGCAAUUUUUCAUUUCACCUUGACUCUCUUUUGUAAGGUGAGGAACAAAUGGAACGAACCAUGAGAGCGCUUCCAGCCUGCAAGAGCAGGAAGUGGGGAUGUAGCUCAGUGGGAGAGCGCAUGCUUUGCAUGUAUGAGGUCCUGGGUUCGAUCCCCAGCAUCUCCAGUUUUGCCGAAUCUCUGCCUGGGAAAUGCUGGAUGGAGUGUGAGGCUUGAUCUCUGCUUACCUAUAAGAUACUGUAGGUCACCUGUUGGUCUCUUUCCAUGACUGAGAAUGGUGUUCAUAUCUUUCCCCCUCUCCCCUUUUCCAACCAGGUAUCACUUUGAGGACAUAGCUGGUGCUUCUGCCAGCGCUGAGAUUUUGAGCCAGGAAACGUUUGCUCCCCAUCUCCUAGCUCUGGAAGGCUGCAGCAGCGCCUGGGGCCUCAUCGCCCGCCAGCUGGUGGCCAAGUUUGAUGAGGAGGUGGGUAUCAGGGCUGCCUGAAUAGAACUUAUCAGGAACUUUGAUUCUAUCAGUAUAGGCUUAAAUAGAGACAGACGUUUCCCACCCCAAUUCAGGUAUAAAUUACCCUAGCAGUGUUUCCUGGUUAUCAGUUGGGAAUUUUUCUCUCAAGGAUUGCUCAAGUUUUCUCCAAGGUCUGCUCAGGGGGGCAGAGGGGUUGCUUAUUUAUUUAUAAAAAUAUAUCCUGCUUCGUCAUUAGGGGGUGGGAACCAAAAUGGCUUACAGCAAGAGUAUUUAUAUAUAAUAAAUAAAAAGCAUGCAACAAGUUGAAAUUAAAUGCCUUCUGAAUUUUUUUCCAUGCCAUCCAAUUUAUGUAGGCAAUCAAAAAACAUAGUUGAUGAACUAUGUUUUUAAAUUGCCUACAUAAAUUCAAAGGCAUAUAAAAAUUUCCAGCAGGCAUUCAGUGGUUAAAACAGAAGGUGUCUGCUUAGAACUCUUUUUGGAAGAGGGACUCCAAACUUUGUUUCCUCCUCUUUCCCCUUUCUCUUUCUUUUCACUAGAGGUGGGAUAGGGAACUUGUGGCCUUCCAGACACUGCAAGACUCCCAUCCCUGAUCACUUGCCACACUGGCUGUGGCUGAUGGGAGUCCAAACAGCAGCUGGAAGGCCACAGGUUCCCUGCCCCUCAGCCAGAGCCUAGGUAGCUCAGUUGGUAGAGCAUCAGACUUUUAAUCUGAGGGUCCAGGGUUCAAGUCCCUGCUUGGGCGUUACCCGUUUUUGUGACUGAGUUCAAUCCCCAGCACUGCCAGAGAAGGCUAGGAUUUGGAAGGACUAAUUUUUAGAAGCUGAGAGAGAGCGCCUUCUCUUUUCAACGUUCCUCUGCCAAUUCCACCUGCAGUUUGUUACGGGUGUGGGGAAUUGUAGCUCUGCGAUGGGUAAACUACGUUUCUCAUGUUUGUUUGUUUUUUACACUCUCAUUUUCUUGAGUAGUGUCUUUGCAUUUGGAGGUGGGGGGAGGGUGCUAGGUGAUCAGAAAACAGAAGGCCGUUCCCAAGGGCUUUGAUGACUCCCUUUUCGCUUAUAGGCCAAGAACGAGGUGACUCUACAUUUGGUCUUGCUGCGCUUGCCCCAGUACGGGACAGACCUGCUUCUCACCUUCAACAACCCCACCUUUAUCCAGUGAGUAUUUGCAGACUGAGGACCACAUUCGCUUCUCCCUCUUCUUCAUCCAGGCAAGCAAGGACGCAUUGACCAGCCGAGCAGAAAUACUUGAGGGUUUGACUGGGGAAGAGUCUCAAGAGCCAGAAAGAGAAGCUGGGAGGGCAACAUUUGGCCCCAAGGAGGGCUGAAGUUCCCCACCCUUGCUGUAAAACAGAUACAGUAAAAGCUCUGCUAGGCAGGCUCCUGGUCAUAGCUGUCAACUGUCCCUUAUUUGGCGGGAAAGUCCCUUAUCCCAGCGCCGUGUCCCGCUGCUGUCCCUUAAAUUUCCCGGGUUUCAAAGGAAGCAGCUCCUCUCCCUCCCUCCCUGCCGGCCAGGGAGGAGGGAGGCUCCAACUGUGUUGCUUGGCUGCGUUGCUCACCCAAUAAGGAGUCUAAGAACGACUGGGGGGUGGAGCUUGCAUGCCUUGUGCCGAUCAAAUCGGCCACGUUGCCUGGGGACUCGCCUUUGCUCAGCGCUUCCCAGCGGAGAGGUGACGGUGGUUUCCCUUGCUGCAUCCCCUUUGCCAGGUUGCUGUGCUGUGGGAACCACCGCUUGAGGCUUCGUUUGGCUGCUGGCUGGGCUUUCUGCCUUUGGCUCGGAGGGACUUAGAAGCUGAACAUACCUGUGCUUGGAAAAUCCCUAAUUUUGGCUGCUGAUCCCUUAUUUUCGAGGCUGCUGGUCCCUUAUUUUCAAAUCUGUAAGUUGACAGCUAUGCUCCUGGUGCAGGGCUUUUUAACAUCUUAAAGGAAAUGUGCCAGUCCUCAUGGAGGAAUUCUGCAUUGCUUCUUGAACACACGGGCACAGCAGAAAGGCACUUUGCAGAGGUGGUAAAGAGGCAGAGGCUGGCUGUCUGUGUGUGUGUGUGUGUGUGUGUGUGUGUGUAAGAGAGAGAAUGAAUUUGGAGUACUCCUACAGUAACACCCCCCUUCCCUUUUUUCCUUCGGUGCCAGUCCUCUAAGCAGCAGCGCAGCCCCAGGAACAGAGGUUCCAGCUUCUCCUUCUCAGCCUCCGUGGACAGUGGAGCAUUUCCACACCUUCGUACGCAGCGUGCGGCUCCUCGACCCCGGCAUCUUUGGUUAG